AUGAGUGCUGCUGGUUCCCCCCUUUCCUCUCCUGAAUUCAUCUCCUAUCUUCUUGCUGGCUUAAACAGUGAUUACGAUGCUUUUGUGACCUCUGUCACAGCUCAUGUUGAACCACUCUCCUCCGAAGAAUUAUACAGCCUCAUACUCACUCAUGAAAAUCGUCUCUCUCACUCCAACCACCUUCCUACCCCAACAAAUUUCUCGGCACAUUUUGCCUCAAAUUCUUCCACUCAUGGUCGAGGCUUCAAUCGCGGUUUCUCCUCUCGAGGUAGCUACCGUGGUCGUGGCCAAGGUCGCACACCUUCUGGUUCUCAUCAAUCACCUAACUCUCCACCUUCUCUACCCCACAACAAACCAACCUGCCAAAUUUGUGGCAAAGUUGGCCACCGUGCCAUCCAUUGCUACUCCAGGUUUGAUCAUUCUCUUCAAAGUGAUCCUCCCAAAAACUUAUCCGCACACUACACUACUUCCAACUCAUCUCCUGACUUGUCUUGGUAUCCUGACACCGCUGCUACAAAUAAUCUCAUUUCAAAUUUAUCAAAUCUUAACAUUCAAUCCUCCCCUUAUGGUGGCAAUGAUCAAAUCUGA